AUGCUGGGAGUUCAAGGCAACGGCUCUGCCCGCUGCGGAGGCGCCUCCCGCGCCGAUGGGCACUUCAUCGCGCUUGGCAACACCGAGGAGCACCUCUCCGUCGUCGUCCUUGGUCACCCCCAACGGGGUGACCCGGCCACGGAGGAGCAACUGGACCGUGUCAGCGGCGACGGAUGGGUGGCAGCGAAGGACGGUGAUUACGCUGACGCCCUCUCCAAGGGCCACACGGUCAUCCUGACCGAGUCGACCGGAGCAUUCUCCGCCGACCUCGAUCGCGUCCUCCGCCAACUUGCGAACCCAAUGUCAGAGAGAUCCUGCUGA